CAUUUGCUAGCCGGUAGCCAUCUAGCGCGAGAAGCGCACCCCGAGAGACGGUGCUCGAGACCUAUACGUGCGUCAAGUUCUUUCAUCGUCAUCGUCGUUGUUCAUCAUCGACCGCGUCAGCUCCUCGUCCAUCGGUCGAUUCGCCGCUUUGCCAGGAGUCCAUCCGCCGUUUUCAUCCCCCUCCUUUACGCGAAAGUCGUACCCGAUAAUCGAUCCACCUGUUAAGCCGUCAAUGAGAGCAGGAAGGGCAAGAUGGAGGAGGAAGAUAUAAGGGCGGCAGUGGAGCUGUACAUUUAUGACCUUACCAAAGGAAUGGCCGCAAUGAUGUCGCAGAUACUCAUUGGUCGCCAAUUGGAUGGAAUAUGGCACACGGCGAUAGUCGCAUACGGAAGAGAGUACUUCUUCGGCCCCGCUGGCAUCCAGAGUGUCCGACCCUUACGCAGGUGGUUCCCGUCGCGCCGUACUCGAUACUCCGCCCGAGUGCUUUCUUUCAUCUUCGGCGGCACGGAGUUACGAGAUCCGCAAAGAGUUGAGAAACUCGGCGAGACUUAUCUGCCCUACUCGGUCUUUCUGGAGUACAUAAACGGCUUGGGGACCUCUACGUUCGCACCGGGCACGUACAACCUUUUCAAGCAUAACUGUAAUUCCUUCACCGAGGAGGUUAGUAACUUCCUGGUGGGCAAGGGCAUUCCCAAGUAUAUCCUUGAUCUGCCAGAAGAAAUAUUACAAACUCCUAUCGGACAGGCUUUAAUUCCGUUGAUAGAAACAUUAAGCAGUAGCUCAAGUGCUGGAUUCACGGUAGGCCAAAGAUUCGUUGAGCCGAGAAUCCAGAGGGAAACUUCGCCGGAAUAUCAACUCCUAAAUACAGCUAUCGAAGAAGCAAGAUUGAAUUCAAUCGCGUUAGAGGAACGGAGGAACGUCAUUAACGAGAAAUUAGCGAAGAAAGACCGAAAGAAGAAAAAGAAGAAAAAGGAGAAGAAAGAUAAGAGUAGCAAGGAGGCCACCAGCAGCGACAGCAAUAGUACCGGACCGAGCAAUUGCCGUGCAGAUAUGGCGGAAAAUGAAAGUGCAGUCGGCGAAACACUGCAGGCGGCCAAUGGAGAAAAUGCACCCGCGGAGAUGCUGCCGUCCGAGCGAGUGAUGCAAAUGGAGGAGGACGAGAAGCGUGAGCAAGAAGAGAAAAAACGCCAUCGAGAUCCACCGAUAGUUUUCAAAGACUUGGUGGAUGUACAAACGGAAUAUGAAGACUUGGUAAGCGCUCUCAAAGAGAAAUUGAACGAUGAGGAACAAACUUGCCUUGGUGAACUACGGCAAUAUGUCUUGGAGGACGAGGGCUCCUGGGCUUUAGGCGACAACUUUCUGAACUUCGUUGGUCGAGUUCUUUACGAUAAAACAUUAGAUAGUGAUGUGCGAGUAAAGCUGUUGAACGUGCUGUCCGUUGCCGCAUUGAAGGACGAUGUGAUUCUGUUGUUACAUCAAGACAGACGAGAGCACAUCAUCAUGACUUACGCCUUCGAUAUCGAUCGGCAUCCUCCAGAGGAGCAACUUCCACUCGCACAGUUUUUGGCAAAUAUGUUCGAGAAUCUGAGCAGCUCGGAGUGGUUACUUUACAUAUCGGAGUGGCAGCAUCAGGAUCAGAACGUCAGCAGCAAUAUCAGCAACAUAAGGGUGACGACAAAGGUUGCUGUGCACUCACUGCUCUCAAAUUCGGAAGAUCUGCAGAUCCGCGGUGCAGCCAUUAUCCAUAACCUUGCCUGCAAGGAGAAAAUGAACAAAAGCAAAAAUCUGCGGCGACUUUUACCGAAAGGCAGCAUUUCUAAGGUGUUUGACGACGUCGCAGUAGAACUGACGAUGGCGUUACUGCAAUACUUCAACGGCAGUCCCGCGGAAGAGCAGCUGUAUACGUGCAUGAAGUCGCUGGCGCGUUUCACGCAGAUCAGCGGCCAAGAAGUGCCGCAGCUCAUACAGAUGAUUGGACCCGAGCCGAACAAAUUCAGGGGUACUUCUCAGAGAAUCGACGAACAAAUCGAACAAGUUAACCAGAAGCUGCGUUAAAUAUCCGUCGACCGUCUGCGAAAAUGUCGUAUUCCACAAGUGCGAGAUAAAACCGGACACGCUUCCGCUAUGUUUAAAAUGAAUUUUUACUUAGAGAUUCUAUCGAGUCAGUCACAUUUAUUAUUAUUA